AUGGGGGAGAGUGGGGAGCGGCCGCUCCAGGAGUCGGACUCUGCUCCUAAGCCUCUGUCAGUGAGCCUAUGUGCAGCCCCGGGCGGCCGGCUCCACACAGCUGCAGUCGGGUUCUAUCUCACCAUGAUGAACAAACUGAAGUGCAUUACUUGGUUAUUAAUUGCCCUUCAAGGACUCAUUGUUGCAGAAAAAACAUGUCAAAAAGGAACUCAUAUUUUAAAAGAUGGUAAAAGCUGUGUCCCAUGUAUCAGUGGAAUCAACUACACAAGCUACAGCAAUGCACCAUUUUGCUUUUCUUGUACAAAAUGUGAUAAAGUUUUGCCAAUAGAUCAAAUUACUAAGAGUCCUUGCACAACCACGCAAGACACUCAGUGUGAAUGCAAACCGGGCAAGUUCAUUAAUAAAAAAGAUUCUCCUGAGAAGUGCAGUAACUGUACAAGGUGCCCUGAAGGAAUGAGGGAAGUCAAAAACUGUACUUCAUGGAAUGACACUCAGUGUGCCAACCAGUCCAAUGGAACUGUGGACAAUCACCCGGGACAGCCCUCUAGUCCCUCUAAUUCCAGCAUCUCUACCACAACGAUUGCUGUUGUUGUUCCUGCUAUUGUUUCAUCAUGUUGUGUGGUGAUUUUUUAUUUGAAGUUCAGAUCUCAAGAAGGCUUCAAGCCUUUAGGAUUUGCUUCUCCUCCACAGAAGACCAAUGCUUCAUCUGUACUAUGCUCCCUCUUGAAAGGGAACCCAGAACUCUGGGUGGCUAUCUUUGAGCAAUUCAGACGUCCUCGGAGAGCACCCGAGGCUCUAAACAAUGACACCAACAACCACUAUGAGAUGGUGAGCCUUAAUGGCAAUGCUCCACUAGACACUAUAGUCUGCGAACAGGAACUAGAAAGCCAACCCCAGGCUCCACUCAUAGCCCAGGAAGUGCAAUCACUGGGAGAAGUGGAGCAGGUACUCAUAGGAGCUAAACAAGGAAAAAGAAAAUGUCUCGUUCCUGUGGAAGGCACAAACACCACUAAAACUCUACGCCAUUUAUUUAAUGAUAUUCACAAGAUUGUACCAGUACAUUCCUGGAGACCACUCAUGAGGCGCAUGGGUCUUACAGACAAUGAGAUCCAAAUGGCUGAAAGCCGAGCCUCAUGUCCACAGGAAAAGCUGUAUGAAAUGCUGAUGACAUGGCACAACAAAGAAGGGAUGAAAGCUUCAGUCAACACCCUGCUAGACGCCUUGGAAGCUCAGGGGGAACGAGUUGCAAAAGAAGAGAUUCAGAAUCUACUGUUGAACUCUGGAAAGUUUAUUUAUGAAGAUGACAGGGCCAGCUCUGUUAUGCCUAUGUAG